AUGACGCGGCACGGCAAGAACUGCACGGCGGGCGCCGUGUACACCUACCACGAGAAGAAGAAGGACACAGCGGCCUCAGGCUAUGGGACCCAGAACAUCCGACUGAGCCGGGAUGCCGUCAAGGACUUCGACUGCUGCUGCCUCUCCCUGCAGCCCUGCCAUGACCCCGUCGUCACUCCGGAUGGCUACCUGUACGAGCGCGAGGCGAUCCUGGAGUACAUUCUGCACCAGAAGAAGGAGAUCGCGCGGCAGCUGAAGGCCUACGAGAAGCAGCGGGGCGCCCGGCGGGAGGAGCAGAAGGAGCUGCAGCGGGCGGCCGCGCAGGACCAGGUGCGGGGCUUCCUGGAGAAGGAGGCGGCCAUCGUGAGCCGGCCCCUCAACCCCUUCACGCCCAAGACGGCCCCGGGAGCCGGCCCAGAUGAUGCCCCAGCGGGUCCCAGCGCCGCCGGCCCCGCAGGCAAGGACAAGGACAAGGACAAGAUGCUGCCCAGCUUCUGGAUCCCGUCGCUGACCCCCGAGGCCAAAGCCACCAAGCUGGAGAAGCCGUCCCGCACCGUGACCUGCCCCAUGUCCGGGAAGCCCCUGCGCAUGUCCGACCUGACGCCGGUGCGGUUCACGCCCCUGGACAGCUCCGUGGACCGCGUGGGGCUCAUCACGCGCAGCGAGCGCUACGUGUGCGCCGUGACCCGGGACAGCCUGAGCAACGCCACGCCGUGCGCCGUGCUGCGGCCCUCGGGGGCCGUGGUCACCCUGGAGUGCGUGGAGAAGCUGAUCCGGAAGGAUAUGGUGGACCCUGUGAACGGGGAGAAGCUCACAGACCGCGACAUCAUCGUGCUGCAGCGGGGCGGCACGGGCUUCGCGGGCUCCGGAGUGAAGCUGCAGGCGGAGAAGUCGCGGCCUGUGAUGCAGGCCUGA